CGGAACCUGUUAUUCUAUAAGCGGAGCUUAUGGGAAGACUUUGAAUGCGGCACCGGUGUUCUGUAUUCACUUCCCUAAACAUGCGGUUCUCUUCCUCUUGGUGCUAACACAUGCGUUUGCUUAUGUAUUGCAUAGUCAGGCUUUUUUUCCUCUAAACGUUGUAAAUAACAAAAAAGUCGAAAACACUAAUCAUAUAUUUUCUCUUGUUACUCACCGUAUCAAAACAAUGUGGAUAUUGAACACUGUCUUUUCCUUUACCGGGACGUUGUAGCCUGAGGACAGCUAGCAUUGUGAAAACAAGCGUUACUUUUCCCCAUGAGAGCAGUGGAAUAUGGAAAUAGACGGUCGGGACUUUUUGAACACUCCUCCUGUUAAGACUGUCAGGUUUGGAGGAAGUGUUGCGGAAACGUUAGCUAAACAUAAACAGGGAGACUCGGGUGACUACGAACUGCUGAAACACCAGUUGGCUGACCCUGACAUAAAGGAUGCUCAGAUCAUCAACUGGCUCCAAGAAUUCCGGGCUUGUGUGACCCAGCUGACCAAAGACCACGAACAGCUCAUCUACACCGUCUUGAGGCUUCCAUGGGUGGGCCGGAGCCCAGCUGUUGUGGAGGAGUACAUGGCCUUCCUCAGUAACCUGGUCUCAGCACAGACUGUCUUUCUGUGUGCCUGCCUCAAGAUGGUGGUCUCCCACUUCACUCCCAAGAGAGUGACCAUCUGUGAAGGAGGAGUCGAUAUCUCAGAUUCAGACGAUGAAGAUGAGAACCUUCCCAGAAACUUCGAUCAGUGUCACCAGGCUUUGCAGCUCAUCGCCAGAUACGUUCCAUCCACGAGUCACUUUCUGAUGCCUGUUCUGAAAGAGAACUUCCCCUUCAUACAGAAAUCCUCCAGAACGUUGGAGUGUUACGUCCAUAACCUUCUGCGGGUGACCGUGUAUAUACCAUCAAUUCGACGAGACGUACUGGAGGUGAUCGUUGGAAAGAUGCUCAAACUGGAUGUGGGUGCAUCCCGGUCAGACAUUGAGGAGGCAGAGGAGAAUGCAGUGCCGAACCAGCGGGCACAGGAGCAGGCUGAGGAAGGACUCUUUGACAUGGAUGAGGACAUGUCCACAGAUCACCCCUGCAGGACAGCAGAGAUGGCUCACCCGGUGGCUGAGAGGCUGGACAGCCUCAUGGUUGUCCUGUUGGCUUAUGUCAAAGACGUCAGUCAUGUCAAUGGCUCUCUCCAUGUGGAAAGGACUAAGGAGCUGUACCGAGAUCUGUUGAGUGUGUUCGACAAGCUCAUUCUGCCGACACACGCUUCCUGUCACGUCCAGUACUCACUCUUUUACCUGUGCAGCUUCAGACUGGCCUUGGCCGAGGCCUUUCUGGAUCACCUGUGGAAGACCCUACAGAACCCGUCUCAACCUGCUGUCCUCCGACAGGCUGCUGCAGGAUACCUGGGGAGCUUCCUGGCUCGAGCCAAGUUCAUCCCCGUGCCCACUGUGCGGGCCUGUCUGGACCUACUGCUCUCCUGGAUCCAUCGCUACAUUGACAGCCAGGACAGUAGCGGCAGGCAGGCGUGCUGUGACAUCAGCCUGCACGGACCAUUCUACACCGCCUGCCAGGCUGUCUUCUACACACUCAUCUUCAGACACAGAGCCAUGCUGGAGGGCAACAUGAAGAAAGGUCUAGAAUACCUGCAGAGUCUGAACCUGGAACGGGUGGUGAUGUGUCAGCUGAACCCCCUCAAAGUCUGCUUGCCUUCAGUCACCAGCAUGUUCGCUGCCAUCACCAGGAAGUAUCAGGUGGUGUUCUGCUACACCAUCAUAGAGAGGAACAACCGCCACAUGCUGCCAGUGGUCCGCAGCUCUGCGGGCGGAGACUGCGUCACCACCAACACCAACCCUCUGGACAGCUUCUUCCCCUUCGACCCGUACCUUCUCAAGAGGUCUGGUCAGCUGAUUGAGCCUCUGUACCAGGUCUGGGAGGAGCUAGCAGACACAGAGCUGCUUCCCACCAAAACAAGCCAGCAGGGCUCGAGGGAAGAUGAGGAUGACUUCCUGUAUGGGAAUACCCCCAAGACAGAGGGCAUCGUGGGAAUGACACCCAGCUCCUAUGACUCAAACCUCCGCAGCCCGAGCAGCGUGGGUUCGCCCCCCGCCGCCUUCCAGAGACAGUUCUAGUCCCUCGUUCUGGUCUGUGCUGUUCUGAUGGACCACACCCUGUUUAUGACACAAACUUUCAGAAGUUUCUGUGGGACUUCAGCUUCUCUCACGAAUCUGUAAAGUGACUCUUCCACUGAAAACCCACACUUAUAAGGACUUAUAAGACACACGUAAAAGGAGUCAAGCACAAACUGAGGAACACACGAACAGGUCGCAUGUGAGGAGGCGUCACCGAUCUCUGUUCAUGCAGGAAUACUUCUUUGAUGUAAGAGCUCAGUGUUUUUAAUGCAAUUAUAGGACUACACGGUCUGAUUCACGGUUAAUCGCAGUUUGAGCCUAGAAACUAGAAACAAGAUAUCAGUGUCAGUGAGAGAGCCCCCUCUCCUGAUGAUCAAGGAUCAGUAAAUAUCCUGACGAGGUGUCCUAAGUUUGAACUCGCCAUAGACUGUGGUAAAGAGACUUUUCUCUGCCUGUCCUGCUUGGGAGAAACCUCAACUCGAAUUAAAUUGCCAAGUUGAGUUCAAACAUU